AUGUCAUCUCUCACCAACUACUCUCGGUCAAUGUCUGUAGUCAAAAGGCAGAAAGUUGAUGACUCUUUGAUUGUCCACGACAACAAGGAUGUCCAUAGGAAGGGGAAGGUAUUAUAUGAUAAUGCUGUUGCUCUAGAAGGCCACGAGGGAGCAGUUCUUACAUCCAGGUUUAAUACUUCUGGGACAAGCUUGGCUACUGGAGGCAUGGAUAAGCAGAUUCUUUUAUGGAAUUUACCCACAGAGUCCGAAGAUCAAGAGUACAAUUAUGGUGUACUUAAGGGGCAUAAAGGAGCCGUGACUCGAGUUCAAUAUCAGGAUACAGUAUUAGUUUCAGCCAGCGCAGACUCAACACUUGGAAUUUGGGAUUGUGAAACUGGAGCUCGUAUACGAAAGUGCACAGGACACGAACUUGUGAUUAAUGAUGUAUCGAUGAGAGACGAAACCAGCUUUGUAUCUGCUUGCGAUGAUGGUAUUUCACAUAUUUGGGACGUUCGAGAAAAGAGACCGGUUGGCACUAUAAAGUCAGAUUUUCCAAUCCUUGCAUGUACUAUCAAUAGUCGCCGGACGAGCUUUUAUUUGGCAGGUAUAGAUCCCACUAUUAGGUGCUAUGAUUUCCGAAAACUUGAUACUGCCAAUUGGUCCGUGGAGGGACAGGUCGAUUCUGUAUCUUCACUAUCUAUCAACCACGACGACUCUAUUCUCGUUUCACGAUCCUUGAAGGGAAUAGUAAAGACUUUCAAUGCCAAGGACUUUGUUCCAAAGGGAAUGUCCAGAGCUAAUCCAUUCAUGUACGAUGGAGCUCCUUCAGGAAAAGAAAACUACCUAAUUCGAGCAUGCUUCAACCCAUCCUCUACACUAAUACUAUCAGGGUCUGAGGAUAAGACUACGACAGUAUGGAGCUAUGCUACCAGAAAGAUGCAGAACAAGUACGAUGGUCAUAAUGGAACAGUAAUUGAUGUUGAUCAUCAUCCACUGCUAGCUGUUAUAGCUUCAUCAUCCACUGAUGGAACUGUGAUAUUACGAGAAAUAUGA